CACAUGCAUUGCUCAACACUGUUGUAGAAAUAUACAUAUAUGGAUGCAGCUAUUUAUACAGCUGACAUUUUUUUAAAGUGACGGUUUCAGAACUCCCUUGCUGGGUCACGGCUCUUCAGCUGCAGGAACCACCGAGCUCCCUCCAUGGACCUACCCUACUACCAUGGCCCUCUCAAUAAACAAGACUGUGAGACCAUACUACUCCAGGAAGGGAAAAAUGGCAAGUUUCUCUUACGAGACAGUGAGUCAGUACCAGGAGCUCUGUGUCUCUGUGUCUUGUUUCAAAAUAAGAUCUACACAUACCGAAUCAAAAAAGAAAAACAUGGAUACUUUUCAAUAGAGUCAGAAAAAAGAGGUAAAAAGGAAUUAUUUCCAAACCUAAAAGAACUAAUCUCCAAAUAUGAAAAACCUGAUCAAGGAUUAGUGAUUCACCUUCGUUUUCCAGUAGUGAAAAAUAACGUGUACCAGAGCUGGAAAGAUCCACCAGAUGUUUCAGAGAUGGAUGAUUAUGUGAAUAUGGACAAUGAUUAUGUGAAAGUCCUGCCUUGAACUCUAACCAAGUGGGCACGAAGAGGCAACCGACAAUGAUUUCUCAGACUAUUAGGAUAAAGCCUUUCAAACAUCUGUGAUUCUCAGCAUUUCCUGAGGUUUUAAUCAUCACAAAUGCUAGUGCUGAAUUCAAGCUUUCCUGCCAGAAAAAGUCAGAGAACUGCGUAGCUCAUAUCUGGUUGCUUUGACGUUAUAUUCCGUUAUCUCCAAUAAAGAAAUGUCUGUAUGAGUAGAAAUAAAAAAUGUAGCCCACAGACACUGUACCACUCUGCCCUGAUAACAUCUUCUAAGGAUCCUUACAAAGUUCAAGCAGGUAGCCAUAGUUCAACCUGAUAGUUUAAAACAUAAUUAUGACCAAAAUAAAAUGAAGAUAGACCAAAAUGUGUAAUAAUAAACAAAAAUGCAACCGAGAAAGUCCCCACAAAAUAAUAUCAGGUCCUUGAAACCUCAGAACUGGUUCUGGAGUCCCAGAUUCAGUGUCCUUAUUUUGAAGUAAUCUGCUAUGUAAAUUAUUCCUUCCUUCUCUAAUCUAGUUCAACUUUCUCUAUUGCCAGAGAGAUAUUAAUCCCAAAGCAGUCAAUUGAGCUAUAAAGGCAGUGUAAAUAAUUUGAACACAAAAAAGAACUGAUAAUAGAAUCAUUAUCUGCCUCCUAUGUAUAAUUAAGAAAUUCCCCUUAAAUCUCUUGUAGGAUCCUGGGGAAUUCUCAUAUAAUCCAUUCUUAGUCCAAUGCAAAAAAAGUGAUCCUGAACUCAGUUUCCGAAAUUUAGGAGAGGGUUGGUCUACCUCUAGGACUACAAUGAAUCUCUCAGUGUAGGCUAGAGAAUUGCUGAAACUGAAGGUCAGUCUAGAGUUUGUGAAAUCUCUUGCCUUGACCUUGACUCUCUUACUAGGUUAAAUUUAAUAAAUAUUUUUAACAAGUAGUUGAAUUUCAUAUACAAUCCUUUUUUCAGUUUUUUGUAUAUUGGUAUAAUCAUUUUUGUUUAUGUGUAAAUUCACAAUAUUAUUUUUUCUCUAACUCUAUAAAAUAAUUCUUUGGUAAUUUGGUAUGGUACUGAAUAAAUAGAUUAAUGUAGUUGAAUUGUCAUUUUUAUUAUGUUAGUUAGCUCGACCUACUCAUGA